AUGGAGGAACCCUCCGUACCCGAAAUUGUUCUCCAUGGACUUGUCUCUCCAUAUGCUCAUGGAGAAGUCCUCAGUCACCCCGUCUUGCACCAAAACAAGACCCUCUUUGCUACACCGAACCAGGCCUUCCGAAAAACGCUUGUGCUGGCGGCCGGUCAAGAAUUGACCACUGCGAUGAGAGGGAGCCGGCACGAGGACUGCACCCCAGAGGAGACGGAUUAUAUUCGUCGAGAGCGCGAAAAGUACAAACUGCUGGCUAAACACUAA